AUGGAUCCAUCACAAUAUCCUUUUGAUGUUGAAGCUUACAAAAAGCAAUGUGAAAUUGAAGAAAGGUAUGUCCUCAACCGGUUUAAGGAGCGUCGAAAGAAAAUAGAAGCAGACUAUCGACCUCGAGGCGAGAGAAAAUACGUGAAGAGAGAUCAUGCCACCGCAAAUCAAAGAUUGAUUGACAACUACUUUGCCAAUCAGCCAACAUACGAUGAUGCAAUGUUUCGUCGACGAUUCCGGAUGCAAAAACAUGUUUUUCUUCGAAUCGUUUGGGACCUAUCAAGCACUGACAACUACUUUACCCAACGAUUUGACGCAGCCAAUAAAGAAGGUAUAUCUCCUUUAGCAAAAUGUACUACUGCCAUGCGAAUGUUAGCAUAUGGUACUACUACAACUUUAGAGUGCUUGCGUCGCUUCUGUAAGAGAAUCAUACAACUGUAUGAGGGAGUGUAUCUUAGAGCUCCAACUCAAGAUGAUCUUCAACGGAUUUUGCAUGUUAAUGAGAAGCAAGGAUUCCCAGGGAUGAUUGGGAGUAUUGUUUGCAUGCAUUGA